AUUAAAGGUGGUUCCAAGCCUGCUGGUCAACCUGCCUUGAUGGGUGCUUCUUCACCAUCUGCUCAUGAGAAUGUCUCCCGAGUUGAGUUUGAGGAAUUUAAAAAGUGUCUAUCUAUUGUUGUCAGCCAGCAAGGGAUACUUAUGAAAUCUGUUGCUGAGAUGAACAAGAAGCUGGACAUUCUUAUUGAGGUGUUUUUUUAAUUGUCAUUACUUUUUCUGUUAUUUUUUUAGUAGUGUUUUUAUGUUGUUUUAUACAGUAAAUUAAUUUUUUAAGUUUUUUUUGUUCUCAGUCAUCCCAAGGUGGUCUUACUCACAAUGGAUCUCAGUCUGAAGAUGCUCUUCGUACUUCAGAAAAUGAGGAUGAUGAAGAUUCCACUUCGGAGGAAGACGAGGAUGAUAAAUUCGACGAUGACCAAGGAGAUGAUCAUCAUGACGAUGAAACUGAUGAUGAUGAUGAUGAUCUUGGUGGAGAUGGUGUUGGUGCUGGUCAGGAUGAGGCUCACACGGGGGAUGUUCGUAACGAUGAGGGUGUUGUUGUCCCCGAGGUUUUUUCGAGGGAUGAUGAUACCGGCAAGGUGGAUGAUGCCAAGAAUUCUGACCCUGUGGAACCUCUUGCAGAGAUCAAACAGGUGUAUUUCUUGUUUGGACAUCAUUUUUUUUGUGCUUUUUGUGUGGAUUUCUGUGUUUUGUGUUUGUUUUAAUAGUUUUUUACUGUUUUUUUUUUGUUGUCAGCCUGAACAGUCUCAAGGUGGGGAGGAGAACAUUGAUGUUGAUGCAACAAUUGCAUCUGCUGUUAAAGCUGUGGAGAAUUUGAUUGGUUCCUCAACUCAUGUCCCUGCUUCUGUUGAGACUUCUGAGAAGACUGAUCUUGAAAUGGUUGUUUUUCAAGAGACUCCUAUUUUACGUCCUCAAAAGAGGGAUCGGAAGAAAGGAGCUGUUUUGAAAUCUCCAUUCAUUGAGCUUGCUUCUGGUGCAUCUAAAUCAGGUUCAUCCUCAGUUUCUCCUGAUGAUUUUGUGUAUAAGGUCGUUAAAUAUGUGCGUGGUUUGUGCCCGUUGGACAACAAGAUUGGUGAACUUGUCGAUCCGCAAUUGGAAGCUGAGUUUGUCAAGUGGGUUGAUACAGGUCUUAGAAAGCAUAAAUCUAACACAACAACUAAUGUGUAUUGUAAGGGUAAGGACACAAUAUUUCCGCCUUUUCGUUUUGGUGUUGAGGACAUUAGCAACAAGAUGUGGUUUCACAACCUUGCCUACCCUAAUUGUUUCCUUACCAAUUCUCACAUUAACAUUAUUUUCUAUUAUCUUCGUAAGAAAAUAAUGUACUCAGCCGAGCCGAUAAUCAAAGUCACCACAACUGAUUGCCUCUUUUGUUCUAGCAUAACAAGUUUGUAUGAGAAGUUUGUUGAGAAAAACAACGAUAUAUCGGUGUUGUCUCUUUCUCACAAUGUGGCCCAGUACAUUCAAGGUGGUAAGAUAUUAUGUGCCACUCCUUGGUAUUUGGUUGAUCAUGUUGUUAUGCCUAUCAAUGUAAAAUUACAGGAUCAUUGGAUUUGUGGUCGUCUAAACAUAGCUGAGCGGCGGAUAUAUCUGUACAAUUCAUUGCGUUCUGGAAGGUAUAUGACAGCUGCCAAAGAGGCUUGCAAGCCUUUUUCUGUUAUUUUACCAUAUUACUUCUCUAUGUUAGACUUCAAAGGCCUUCGCAACGAAGCUAAGUUUAGCACUAUGGAACCGUUCCCUAUUGUUGCUGUUGAUGGUUUACCCGAGCAGGUCACAGCUGAUUGUGGUGUUUUUGUAGCAUCAUUUGCUGAGUAUUUUAUUGAUGGCAAACCCAUCCCAUCCUCUGGUUUUGAUGUGGAAAUUCACCGCGAUCGUUUGGCUGUGUUAUUUUAUCAAUAUGGGAUGAAGAAGCAAACUGAGAACAUUGAAAGUGAAUCCGAGGCCCCUCCCAGCCUUCCCAAGAAGUGAUUUGUUUUUUCAAUCAGACUGUCAUUGUUCUUAUAGUUUUUUAAUGUUGUUUUUAUGUUUUUUUAUGUUGUUUUCGUAAACAAACAUUGGUGUUCUGUUAUGUUUCCUUACGUUUUGUGUGGACAAUAUGUAAUCUUUAUUUUUGUAUGUUUUUUCUUAUUCUCCUUAUGUACAAACAAGUUGGUAUGUUAAAGUUGUUAGUUUUUUCAUUUCACAUCCCUUCUUUCUAUGUUUUUUUUUUCUUAUAGUUUCUCUGUUUUUUUGAAUACAAAUAUUCAUUUCAGUAUUAAAAACACAAACUGUUUCAAUAACAAACUUCAUAUAUAUAUUCAAUUUAGUAUCCAACAUCUUUUAAUAUCCAAUCUAAAGUAUCAUCAAUUCCCAAUGUAAUCAAUGUUUUUCAAAUAAAAACUGUAUUCCCUUUGUAUUUCAGAAAUUUAAAUUCCUCAAUAUCUCAUUCUCAAAACGUAUGUGUAGUUUUCUUUUGUUUUUCCAAUGUUGUUCUGUUGUUGUUUUUAUUCCCUUCUACGUCUUCUGCUGCAUGUUCUUUUGUUAUGCCCCAGUUCACCACAUUUGCUGCACUUGUUGUGUUGAUCCUUUUCCCAUCCAGCCUUCCUUCUUAAUGUUUUUGGUCUUCCUGAUUUUACUCUUUCAUGUGGAGGCAAGACUAUAAUAUUCUUCACUUCUUCCAGUACCUCCCACUCACUUUGGUGUCCUAUUGGGUAAACUGUCCCAGAAUAAGUUGCCAGCCAAUUUUUUUUUUUGUGUAGUAAUCUGAACAGUAGGUGUUCGGGUCCAUGUUCAUCUCCCUCAUCACGGCCACAGCCUGCCCGCAUGGCAUUUCAUCUAUUUGGAACCUGUUGCACGUGCAUGUUCUUUUUUCUAGGUCUACUUCCCACGAUUCUUUCAU